CAAACAUCGCGAGACGUUAUCUCAGUGGCGUGACGUCAGAACGUGAGCACAGAAGCGGACAAGAUGUCGCUGGCAAGUUUUCUCCCUGCACCCACCCAACUGUCCCAGGACCAGCUAGAGGCGGAGGAGAGGUCUCGUGUUCAGAGGUCACAAUCCACUGCUUUGGUCUCCACUCGCAGAGAACCUCCUCCCUACGGCUUCAGGAAAUCAUGGGUACCCCGGGGACUAGAGGAAUUUGGAGAUGGAGGAGCUUUUCCCGAGGUCCACGUGGCCCAGUAUCCUCUGGAAAUGGGUAGGAAGAAAAGGACGUCCAAUGCUCUGGCAGUGCAGGUGGAUGCAGAGGGCAAGAUCAAAUAUGAUGCCAUUGCUAGGCAAGGUCAAAACAAAGACAAGGUCGUGUUCAGCAAAUACACUGACAUGCUUCCUAAGGAAGUACUUAACGAAGAUCAUCCUGAGCUGCAGAAACCAGAUGAAGAGGCGGUGAAAGAGAUUACAGAAAAGACCCGAGCAGCUCUGGAUAAACAGGUCUCGCAGAAAAUUGCAGCGGCCAUGCCUGUACGUGCUGCAGACAAACAGGCCCCAGCACAGUAUAUUCGGUACACACCCUCCCAGCAAGGACUCGCGUUUAACUCUGGAGCGAAACAGAGGGUCAUCCGUAUGGUGGAAAUGCAGAAAGAUCCAAUGGAACCACCGCGAUUCAAAAUCAAUAAGAAAAUUCCUCGUGGACCUCCAUCCCCUCCUGCUCCAGUCAUGCACUCUCCAAGCAGAAAGAUGACUGUGAAAGAACAGCAAGAGUGGAAGAUUCCACCCUGUAUUUCCAACUGGAAGAACGCAAAGGGUUACACCAUUCCUCUGGACAAGCGUUUGGCUGCUGACGGACGAGGCCUGCAGACCGUCCACAUCAAUGAGAACUUUGCCAAGCUGGCUGAGGCUUUGUACAUUGCAGACAGAAAGGCCAGAGAGGCUGUGGAGAUGAGAGCUCAAGUGGAAAAGAAGAUGGCCCAGAAAGAAAAAGAAAAGAAAGAAGAGAAGCUGAGAGAGUUGGCUAAGAUGGCCAGAGACAGGAGAGCUGGAAUCAAAGCCCACGGUGACAAAGGUGGUGAAGAGACAGAAGUCAGGGAGCGUGAAGAGAUCCGUCACGAGAGGAGGAAAGAAAGGCAGCACGACAGGAACAUCUCCAGAGCCGCCCCUGAUAAGAGGUCGAAGCUACAAAGAGAUCAGGACAGGGACAUCAGUGAGCUCAUUGCCCUGGGACAACCGAACCCCCGUACCUCCAGUGAGGCUCAGUAUGACCAGAGACUCUUCAAUCAGAGCAAGGGGAUGGACAGUGGUUUCGCCGGUGGAGAGGAUGAGAUGUAUAAUGUGUAUGAUCAGCCCUUCAGAAGUGGCCGAGACAUGGCACAGAAUAUCUACAGGCCCGGGAAGAACGCGGAUAAGGACGUGUAUGGAGACGACCUGGACACACUCAUGCAGAGCAGCAGGUUUGUUCCUGAUCGGGAGUUCUCAGGUGCGGACCACGGCCCCCGGCGCGACGGCCCGGUGCAGUUCGAGGAGGAUCCUUUCGGUCUGGAUAAGUUCUUGGAGGAAGCCAAGCAGCACGGAGGCUCCAAGAGGGCGUCCACUAGUGGCCGCUCAAAGGACUACGACCACGAGAAGAAACGCAGGAAGGAGUGAGACACUUCCACUGUCCGCAGAUGCAGGGUCAAAUCCUCCUCCCCCUAUUUUUAUAGCUGUAAAGUGAAUGAUGAACUAUUAGUAAUAUGGUGUUUCAUCUUUUUUUUUUUUU